AUGGCUGCGAAGCCCUUACCGAUUCAAGUUGAUGCAAGAGUGUCUGUGUCUUUGUAUGAGAAGGCUUAUAGGCGUUUCAAUUAUGAUUUUAUCUCGCCUUUCCCGGGGGCUCUGAGCAAGUUGCCCCAGUUGCUAUUUGAGAAUGCUCCUGACUCGUGUCUUUAUUCUGCGGUCGCGGCUGUCGCAUAUGCCAACUAUCAUAGUAGAUGUCAGUCUGAAGAAGCGAAAGAAGCAGGAAAUGUCUCCUAUGGCGAAACAUUGCAAAAGUUUGCAGCCAAAAUGGCUGAUCCGAUCGAGGUGCAACGAGAUGAUAACUUGAUGGUUAUCUUCCUUAUGAGCAUGUAUGAGAUGUUGACCUCCUCGAAACGAGAUGGCUCUUAUCUUGCUCAUAUGCAUGGUACACAGUCCGUUAUUGCCCAGAGAGACGGGACCACACUGCAGGAUGGCAACAACCACCUGGCCCUGUUAUGCACGCAUAUGAUCGUCUGGUAUAUAACAGACCUUAAGAUUCCGCCCGCACACCUAGCCAGCUGGGUCCAGCAGAUUCCAUUCGACUCGCCGAUGAAAAAGAAACUCACCGAGUUAAUGUCGACAACUGCAGUAAUUUGUGUUAGGUUAAACGAACGAGCCAACGGAAAAGUAGCUCCAGGUCCAGAUUCAAUCGAUUCUGGAUUACUAGAUCUCGACGAGGCACUCCGCAUGGAGAGCCAGCUACAUGAAUGGUCCGCUAAUCUUCCUAGGGGAUGGAGGCCUGUCGAUCGCAAACCUCUCAGCCAUACAAAUCGACCAGAUUGGAGCAAGAAACUGCUCACGGUCCCCGGCGCGCCUGAUCAUUUCCGUACAUAUGAUAAUCCCUCCGCAGCCAGUGACUGGAAUAUGUGUCGGGCAAUUCGCAUUCAUCUCUGGAUUCAGAUCCUCAAGUUUCUCUUCCAAUGCGAUGUUUCACGAAUUGAUGUUUCGGAAAUCAAAGUGCGAGGCCUCAGUCUACUUGUUACUCUUAUCGAUGAGAUCGCCGAGACCAUACCUUACUCCAUCAAUCUCACACAGGACGGCUCGCUCGAUCCUAAGUCUCCACAGCAUGUGCCGGGGCUCUAUGCAUACUGCAUUUUAUGGUCCACAUAUACCAGCUUUGUGGCCUAUCAAAGCACCUUGAUGAAGGAGCCUGGGUAUAAGCACCGAGUCAUGUGGUUUGGGGCCAUGCUUCGCUUUUUGCGCGAUACCACAGGUAUUGCAAAGGUGGAAGUUAUGAUAGAACAUAAUCUUACUGAAGUAUCGUGA